GGUUGAUUCUUGCCAUAGAUGCUACAGUAAUCUACCAUACUUCCUUAAAUGAGGUAUCAUUUCGUGGAAUAAUUUGCCGGUCUACUGAUGCCUUUUGCAGUAUCACAGGCCACAAAAGGUAGUAGAGGACGGACGAAGACUAUGCCUCUGGCUGUGACGUUGGAUUCAAGAAUCUAUAGGUUGAAGGUGCAUCUCCUGAAGAGUCGAGACAUCGUUGGAGGGGGGGAUGUAAUCUAUAAAAGCGCCCACUCCCGUUUUCACGCCACAAUAUCAGUGACCAGUGCUGUGCAUGCCGGCCGCUAGUUCAUCCAUCAGCCGUUAUUUCAGUUUUUCUUCAAGCACUUUUAUAUUUUAAGAAUGAAGAUUAUCGUGGGUCUAUUACUAGUAGCCACAGCGCUGGCCUACCCCGUCGCAGAUGACGAGAAAACUCAUUUACCUCAAGUGAUCACAGACCACUCAAGUAGUCAUGAACACCAAAAGCCUGCAGAGCACCAGCAUCAUCACGCGAAUGCAGCACAUGAUUCUGCUUCAAACGAAUCAAACUCAUCGGAAUCAAGCGAAGAAUCAGCAGAAACGCCCUCCGAGAAACCUGCUGAGAACAAGCAGCAAGAAGGCAGUAGUGAAAGCCCCGCACAGCCUCCACAACCUGCUGCAGUCUCAGCAGCAGCUGAGGAGAAGCCACAACCACAGGAAGCCAAGCAGGAGGAAGCCAAGAAGGAAGAGAAGAAGGAAGAGCUGAAAGAGGAAGCUAAACCCGAGGCUUCCACUCAAGCAGGCCCUGAGUCUUCCUCCAGGCAGCCAGAGCUAGCAGCUAAAGCCGAUCUCUCUGCAGAGAAGCAGGAUCAGCAGUCUGCUGAAAGCCAAGAGAAGCCAUUGGCUCUUCCCGCACAAAAGGCUGCAGAGAAACCAGAGGCUCCUAAGACCGACGAGCUUGCACAACCCCAAGCUGCUGCUCAACCUCAGGAAAGCCAAGCCGCUUCAGCCGCAGCUUCAGAACAACCUCAGAAGCCCCAAAGCGACAACAAACUAGGUAGCGAACAAAAACAGGACAGCGAAAAGAAAGCCAAAUCCGAAGACGCUAAACCAACUGAAGAAGCAAAACCAGAAGAAGCAAAACCAGCUGAAGCUAAACCAGAAGAGAAACCUCUAGCUGACGAAAAGAAAACCGAAAAGAGAGAACAACCUACACGACCUGAGCAACCCGCCCAGCCAGCUUCAGCAGCUUCCCCAUCAAGUUCAGUUACUUCUCCUUCAAGUGCACAACCUCAGGAACAGCCACAGACUACUGAAGCUGCCAGGCUGCCAGAACAGAAACCUGAAGAAAAAAAGCAGGAACAGCAACAGCCAAUCCUAGCUCAGGAUGCUCAGCCUGCUCAACCAGCCCAGCAACCUCAGCAAUCUCAACAGCCUCAGCAACUUCAGCAGCCUCAGCAAGAAGAAAAGCUGCCCCAGCCCCAGCCGAGUGCAGCAUCGUCUAGUUCCUGAGCGUAUAGUGUCAGGAGGUUUUAAAAAUGACUGAUGAGGUCCGCUUGCCCUUUUGUUCCAAACUCACACUUAAUUUGCCCUUUGUAAUGUCGAACAACUGGGUCUACCGGCUCUCGAAAUUUAUUUAUGUGUGCUCAACAUUUAGGAAACGAAACUAAUUCUAAUGAAUUUCCUCUCGUGUUUUGUUGUAAAAACCGUGUUGUUUUUAUUAUUAUUUUAUUAUAUAUUUUUUUGUUUUUGUUUAGUCAAUUGCGAACCGAGAUUGGUUCAGUUUCCAGUAUUUCCAAGUAGCAUGAUGAACCAAUAUCUAAUGUAUUAAUUUUCAACUAGGUCUGAUUUUGAAAUUCCUACUGUAAGCUAUGUAAUAAAAGCUUUUUAAUAAAGUUUUAUACAUUGAA